AUGACAACUCAUCCGACAAUCAUUGUCUACCACACCCGAACGGUCCAAGGAUGUAUUAAAUCUCUAAAAUACUAUACAGAGAUGGAAAAUCCAGUGAUGGUCGACUCUGUGAUGGACUUGCUGAAUGACCAUCUGAGUCGUUCAACCACUGGAGUAACCGACGACGACUUCCAAGAUUGCUUGAAAGCAGUUAACUCUGCAAUUGAGUUGUUCAGUUGGUUGAGCAGAGUGGUACGCCAUGGAUUCUACUGUUAUGCGGAAAUGUUGAAGGCAAAAGACGUCUCAACUUUCGAAGUAGACGACAGAAUCAAAAUGAUCCAACUCUUGCUCACCAACAGCAUCCAAGAGGCAAAAUCAUUGGAGAAAUUCCCUGCCUCAAUUGCUGACGCUAUGGAGCCAUGGAAGGUGCUCUCCAAUCGGAAUCUAUUAUUCCGGACACCACUGCUCGAUUUAUCGAGAAUCGCAUUUUUGGCAUUCCAAAUAGUGGAAAUAUCGAAUAGUGGAUACGCUCGGCCACAUCUUUCGGUUCUAGACAUGAUCAAAGAUGUCUUGGAUGUAAAUGCUCUUGUAUUCAAAUCGAUUGACUUUGGAAAAGUGCGGGAGAAUCUGAAGAAUCUAAAGGAUACUGGUGACCAAUUCAACCCUCGUGUCGUACCAAUAGCCAAACGACUCCUGGAAUUCGUUGAAAUUUACUUUCCUCAAGAACCUACCGUUUGA